AUGUAUUAAUAUCCAUUCUAUCCCUUGCCUCCUUAACCUUCAACAAUUGCUCCUCAAAAGAAAUUGCUCAAGGAUAAAUACGAAGUUCUUUAGAUUGAGUUAGGAAGUGGAACUUAUGGGAAGGUUAAAUUAGUAUUGGAUCAUGUUGAUAAGAAGAAAUUCGCAAUUAAAAUAAUUUCGAAAAGCUAUAUGAAACAAAUUUUUGCGACUUAGCACAUAUUAAAUGAAUUAAAUUAUUUAUAAGGAUGUAAACAUAAAAAUAUUGUGGAAUACAUCGAACAUUUUGAAGACAGAGAUAAUAUAUAUAUAGUGUUAGAGUAUUGUGGAUAAGGAACCUUAGAGGAAUUGAUUAAAAAAAAAUAAAAAUUUACAGAAGAAGAAGCCUUCCAUUAUUUUUAUUAAAUAGCCCAAGCUAUCUUGUAUUUGCAUGAAAAAGAUAUAGUUCAUAGAGACAUAAAAGCUGAUAACAUUUUAUUGUAAAAUAGCAAUGUAAAAGUUUGCGAUUUCAAUUGGUCAAUCUUCUUGCCAAAUGGUGGCAAAGCCAAACCGUGUUCUUGUGGCACUACGCAAUAUAUGCCUCCAGAGGUAAUUAAAAAGGAAAAACAUGACAAAGGCGUUGACAUUUGGGCUUUGGGGAUACUGUUAUAUUAUAUGUUACAUGGUGAAUUGUUAUUUAGAGCCAAAUAGAAGGAAGAGUUGAAUGAAAAAAUAUGCAAUAAAUAAUCAAUAAAAUUCAAUGAGAAAGUGUCUAAAGAGUGUUUAUAGUUGUUUCAAUAAAUGUUAGCUCAUCAAAGGCGGAUUAAUAUAUAGCAAGUUUUGAAUUCGGAUUGGGUCAUCAAAAUGUUGAAAGGUAAAUAAAGUUAGAAUUCUCUUGAAUUGACUCCUAUUAAGUGUAAAUCGAUAGGUCAAGAAUCAACUAGAGUUAGCAUUGUAUCGGAUUCUAGUCGUUUUUCCAAUUAUAAGUUUACUGCUAAAUCUUUAUACACGGAGUCCCCUUUUAAAUAGAAUAAUCUAAACCAAGGAGUUUAGCAUCCAAUGAUAGUUAGAAGUUCUGCUUUGGAUCAAAAUAAUCCUGCUUUCAGAGUUGAAAAAAGAUAUUUUUAUUGA